AGUGCGCUCGGCGCGCCUGGGCAGAGAGGAGCGACGAGCUGGCGCCGGGGGUCGAGUCUCCCCAAGGCGCCGUCGAGACCAUGUUCCCGGGCUUGUACACGGCGCUGGCGGGUCUGCUGCUGCUGCCUCUGCUGGUGAACCUGGCGUGCCCUUACCUCUUCCAGGAUUUGGGCUUCUUCUUGCAGCUGGUGCGCGUGGCGCAAAGGUCUCGCCGCGCCGCCUCGCGCGUCCCUCCGCGGACGCUGCUGGAGGUGUUCAGGCAGCGGGCGCGCCAGGCUCCCCAAAAGCCCAUGCUGCUCUUCCGAGACGAGGUGUACACCUACGAGCAGGUGGAGCGGCGGAGCAACCAGGUGGCGAGGGCGCUGAGGGAGCACGCAGGGCUGCGGCAGGGCGAUACCGUGGCGCUCUUCCUGGGCAACCAGCCCGCCUACGUGUGGCUGUGGCUGGGCUGCGCCAAGCUGGGCUGCGCCAUGGCCUGCCUCAACUGCAACAUCAGGGCCAGGUCCUUGGUGCAUUGCUUCCAGUGCAGCGGCGCCAAAGUGCUGCUGGCCGACCCAGGUGAGGACCUCCUCUUCUCCUUCCCACUCCCCGCAGCUGGUGGUAGCUUAGUUGCUCUGUCCCAGCUCCUGCCAACCUAGCAGUUCGAAAGCACUCCAGGUCAUAGCUGUCAGUCAACCUUUCCUCUUUUUUUGCGGGAAAUUCCCUUAUUCCAGCGCUGUUUCCCGCUGCUAGAUUGUUAGAUAUCCCAUAGACUGUCCCCCGGGACAGGUGAGGAUGCUGAUCCCUUAUUUUAGAGGCUGCUGAUCCCUUAUUUUCAAAUCUGAAAGUUGACAGCUAUGACUCCAGUGCAAGUAGAUGAAAAGGUACUGCUGUGGCAGGAAGGUAAAUGGCGUUUCCGUGCACUCUGGUUUCCGUCACGGUGUUCCGUUGCGCCAGAAGCUGUUCAGGCCUGCUGGCCACAUGACCUGGAAAGCUGUCUGUGGAUAAACACCGUCUCCCUUGGCCUGAAAGCGAGAUGAGCGCCGCAACCCCAUAGUCACCUUUGACCGGACUUAACCGUCCAGGGGUCCUUUACCGUUUUUUAACCUUUUUUUAACGGCCGCCCACCUAGCAGUACCCAUGCCUUUAGGGCCCCCGCAACCAAGGAUCAAAAGAAAAUUACAACCAACCUUUUGUAGUUCAGCGUUACCCCACUAGAGCACUCCCACGAGACAUCUUCAGAUACGAAGCUUUCUGUGAGUUAGUGCGUUGUGCGUUCCCACCAAGCCCAGAUCCUACUAGAAUAUUCGCAAGUAGCUGAUUGGAAGCUUUAUUAAAAUGGUUGGUUGGUAAAAUCAAGAAUGUAUUAGGAGAUAAUUUGUGAGGGCCCCUCCGGAGAUCUCAACUGCCUAGAGUAGAGGCCUCCACAGGGUUUAAUCUGGCACUGGUGGCUAGAGUGAUGGGCAGGGGUGCUAACCUGAAUAAAAUAUGGGAGGGGGGAGGUAAGCCCCACCCUGAUAUAAUGGAUUGCAUGAUGUGUCACUGUGUACAUGAUGCGGCAAUGCUCAUGAACUCUGGGGGAGCCUUGGCCCUCUCAAAUACAGUGGUCCCUCAGAUUAAGUACUUAAUUCGUUCCGGAGGUCCGUACUUAACCUGAAACUGUUCUUAACCUGAAGCACCACUUUAGCUAAUGGGGCCUCCUGCUGCUGCCGCGCUGCCGGAGCACGAUUUCUGUUCUCAUCCUGAAGCAAAGUUCUUAAUCUGAAGCACUAUUUCUAGGUUAGCGGUGUCUGUAACCUGAAGCGUCUGUAACCUGAGGUACCACUGUAUUUUAUGGGGGGGAGGUACCUCAGCCCCUAGGAGUUGGCUCCUAUGGUGGUGUGAAACCCGCUCAGAAUCCCACAGUGUGACCUUGGGUCAUGUGCACAAUCUCAGCUUUAGCCCACCUCGCAGGGGUGUUGUGAGUAUGAGCUCCCAGAAGGAUGGUGGAGCUGUGUGUGCUGAGCUCUUUGAAGGAAGAAUGAGAUGAUGGCAUGGUAACCUGGUGUUGCGCACCAUCAAGUCAACAGAAAACAACUUUUUUCAAAACCAGGUUUGAGGGAGGGAGCCUUGAAGCACCAGUCUUCCACUUUUGUUGCCUCUGAUUAACAGGUUUUGCAAUAAUAAUAAUAAUAAUUAUAAGUAUUGUUCAUCAGAGGUAAUAGAAGAACAAGAAGUGGUUGGGUGCACAUUUGGGGAAAAAAAUCCUCAUGCUCACCAUAAAUGUGAGGUUCCACAAGAUUAUUCACUGUUUUGACAGUAAUAUUGUGCCUUAUUAAAAUGCAGAUGACACUUUUAAACUGCUUCCUAUUAUUAAGCUUCAUGCUAGGCAGCAGUUCCACAGGUGCAACCUUUUUUUUUACUUUGGGCAUGGAGCGUGGUGUCCCCUGUUGCAUUUCUCUCUCGUGUAGCUGUGAAAGGGAUAGGAGACUUUCUGGAGAAAAGAGGUUAGGGUGACCUGAAUAGCUGCCAUUCCAUAUCUUUUAUUAAGCUCUAUCAGCAGUUUGACAUUGGGUCAGUGUGAGUAGUGAGUGAGAGCAAAGGUACAUUUACAAUCAUUGGUCGUAGAUACAGGCUCAUUACGAAGCAAGAAUCAGUUAUGACCAAGUAUCAAUAUGACUUUCAGUGGCAAAGAGAGGACUGGUAAGUGACAAUCCAAUAAUAUAUAUGAGAAGAACCACGCAGAAAUUUCUAAGCAGCCAUCCAAACUGAGUGAAUGGACAGUGAAAUGUGAGGUACAAUUCAAUGUAAACAAGUGUAAAGUGAUGCAUUUUGGGACAUUUCAUUAUUACAGUGGUACCUCGGGUUACAUACGCUUCAGGUUACAAACUCCGCUAACCCGGAAAUAGUGCUUCAGGUUAAGAACUUUGCUUCAGGAUAAGAACAGAAAUCGUGCUCCCGCGGUGCGGCAGCAGCAGGAGGCCCCAUUAGCUAAAGUGGUGUUUCAGGUUAAGAACAGUUUCAGGUUAAGAACAGACCUCUGGAACAAAUUAAGUACUUAACCUGAUGUACCACUGUAUUAUUAUUAUUAUUAUUAUUAUUAUUAUUAUUAUUACUAUUAUUAUUAUUUUCAUGUAUAUAUGCCUGUGGGGUCUCACCUGGAGGUAACUGAUAAGGAAUGGGAUCUGGGACUCAUAGUCAAUAAUUUAAUGAAGAUGUUUGCUCAGUGUGCAGCAGCUGUGAAAAAAGGCAAAUUCCAUGCUAGGGAUCAAAUUCCUUGCUAGGAAUCAUUAAAUUAGUUAUACAAGUCUGUGAUGGUUGCCUUGCCUCAAAAAUGAUACAGUGGUACCUUGGGUUAAGAACUUAAUUCAUUCCGCAGGUCUGUUCUUAACCUGAAACUGUUCUUAACCUGAAGCACCACUUUAGCUAAUGGGGCCUCCCGCUGCCACCGCACCGCCGCCAUGCAAUUUCUGUUCUCAUCCUGAAGCAAAGUUCUUAACCCGAGGUACUAUUUCUGGGUUAGCAGAGUCUGUAACCUGAAGCUUCUGUAAUCUGAAGAAUCUGUAACCUGAGGUAGUACCUCUGUAGUAUCUCGGGUUAAGAACUUUGCUUCAGGAUAAGAACAGAAAUUGUGCUCCGGCAGCGCGGCAGCAGCAGGAGGCCCCAUUAGCUAAAGUGGUGCUUCAGGUUAAGAACAGUUUCAGGUUAAGAACGGACCUCCAGAACGAAUUAAGUACUUAACCUGAGGUACCACUGUACUUUGAUUAGGGUCAGAAUGUUAAGCGACAUUUUGGUUCUGAGAUAAGAGUUUGGCUGAAUAUUUGUCAUUGAGCUGGAAGUGUCAGUUCAACAAAUAAAAGUGCAAAUACGUGUGUCGCCUUGUAUGCUGUGGCCUAGUGGUUAGAAUGAUGGUCUAGAGGGACGGGGGUGGUGCUGUGCUCUAAACCACUGAGCUUCUUGGGCUUGCUGAUCAGAAGGUCAGCGGUUCAAAUCCCCGCAACGGAGUGCGCUCCCAUUGCUCUGUCCCAGCUCCUGCCAACCUAGCAGCUGAAAGCAUGCCGGUACAAGUAGAUAAAUAGUUCUUCUGUGGCAGGAAGGUAAAUGGCGUUUCCGUGCACUCUGGUUUCCAUCACGGUGCCCUGUUGCGCCAGAAGUGGUUUAGUUAUGCUGACCACAUGACCCAGAAAGCUGUCUGUGGACAAACGCCGGCUCCCUCGGCCUGAAAGCAAGAUGGGUGCCUUUGACUGGACUUAACCAUCCAGGGGUCUUUUACCUUCACCUUUAGAGUGAUGGUCUAGGGCAGCACUAGAUUUAGGGCGGUGUGAGUGGUUUCCCCGCACAGGGUGCUGAGCUGAGGAGAUGCAAACUUGAGAAGAUCCACUUGGGGUCACCAAUUUUUGGCCUUGCAUAGGGCGCCAUGUUAUGAAAGAUUACCAAAGACCACCCCUGGGCUAGGGCCUGAGAGACCAGUGUUCAAAUCUCCACUCAGCCACACGAAGCCUGCUGGCUCACCUUGGACCAGUCACUAUCUCUCAGCCUAACCUACCUCACAGGGCUGUUGUGAGGAUAAAAUGGAAAGCAAAACACCUUGAGCUCCUUGGAGGAAAAGUGGAAUAUAAAUAAUAACUAAGCUUUCUUUAAAAAAAAACCAAACAGACAGAAUAGUGAGAUUUGUAACAAGAAUAUAUGCCUGGAUACUAUCAUACAAGUUUAAACAAGUUUUGUUUGUUUUGAAAGUGCUCUGGAAAUGUUAGAAGUAACCUGUUAUUGGGUUAAAACAACUUGCAACCUCAGGUUUACACAGGUAAUGGUAGUAACUUAAAAAUAGGAGGCAGAAGGUGCCACUUGUUCCCUGUUAAAUAGUUAGCAGAGAUACCUUGUUUGAACAUUAGCCUGCAUUUUCUUGUAAACAUGCCCACAUUGCUGAUAUAUCCGUAUCUACAUGAGAUAAUGGAUAAUUAUCGUUGUUUCCUUGGCAUAAAGUAUGAGUUUUAAAAUCCUACCUGUGGAAAAUGAAGGAUUAGACAAUGACCUGAAUUAAGAAAACAGAACUACAAACAAGUUACCGAACAAGUUCAUCUGAUACAUUGAUGGUCUAAUAUCAGCAUCCCUGUGCCAAUGAUAGUUUCUGGAAGUGCAGUGAAAUUCCUCCCUCCUUUCUCUUAUCUGUCCUUGUAAUUGCUGUGACCCGAGAAAGAGAAACAAUAGUAUGUAUAAAUUAUUUACUUGAGAGCAUCUUCUGCCAAGGCAGAAUCAUAGGCUGUAAGCUGGUUGGUUUUUGCAAAACUCCUCUCUCAUAUCCAGAAAGGAGGUAAACCUAAGGUUGCUGGUGGGGGCUUCGAUGGCUGAAUGUUCUUUAUUACACCAUUUUUAUUUAUCGUUUUCUUUAUUAGACUUAUAUAUCGUCCUUCUUCAUGAGAUUUCAGGGCGGUUCCGACCCCCAAAUUCCUCUAACUUAGCUAGAACUCUCUCUUCGUACAUGCUACAGAAAUAUUUUGAAUGGGGAAAUAUUCAGUUAGAUGGGCCUGCAGUGGUUACAUCCAGACAGAGUUUUACCACCUCAGAUUGCCAGCAAUCAAAUUAGAAGAACCAAGGAUGCUAUGCAGGGCCAGAGUCAACGACAGUGGUACCUCAGUUUUCGAGCAUUUCAGAAGCCAAACAUUUCGGUUUUUGAAUGCCAAAAACCCGGAAGUAGUUGCUUCCAUUUUCGAACGCGCCUCAGAAGUCGAACGGCUUCCGCUGCGUGUUUUUCCAUUUUCUCCAUUGACUUUGGAAACUGCCUUUUGUGCCUCGGUUGUCAAACGUUUCAGAAGUCAGACGGUCUUUCGGAAUGGAUUGCAUUCAACAACCGAGAUACCAUUGUAUAUGCAGUAUCUGCCCUUUAAGGUUUGGGGGGGCUUUUGCCUUUUACAAGAUUUGGAAAUUCUGCUUCUAUUCUACUCUUCUGCUUCUAUUCUGUUGUUACAUUAAUACUUUACAUAACAGCAAAAUGUCCCAGUACCUUGUUCUGAAUAAUGGUAUUUCUCUUGUUGAUACUGUCUGGCAUUUGGGUUUAGAGCUGGGACGCGGGUGGCGCUGUAGUCUAAACCACAGAACCUAGAGCUUGCCGAUCAGAAGGUCGGCAGUUCAAAUUCCCGCGAUGGGGUGAGCUCCCACUGUUUGCUCCCAGCUAAAUAAACAGCAAAAUAAACAGCAAAACCAAAGCGCCAAACUUAAUCCAUUCCGGAAGUCUGUUUGACUUCUGAAAUGUUUGAAAACCAAGGUGCAGCUCCUGAUUGGUGCAGGCACCCCAGAAACAAUAACCAACGACCGUAUCAGAUGUUCAGCUUCCAAAAAACGUUCGAAAACUCGAACAAUUACUUCCGGGUUUUCGGCAUUUGGGAACCAAGGCGUUUGAGAACCAAGGUACCACUGUACUAAAUGCACGGGCGAAAAUGCUUAAGUGAACAAUGCUGUGUUUAAGUGAUGAUCAUGUAGGAGACAAAAGGGAAGAGUUCCCUAAUAAGGGUGCUGCCACAGAGAAGGCCCUGCUGGAGGUCACAACCCAACCCCUGAGCCAUACACAUCUGUGUCACCACUUCCUGUUUGGGGAAUGUCUUCCAAAAAGAGAACCAUGCUCACAGUGGCUCACAGUCUCUCAUGCAGGGUGGAACAGGAGCACACAGAUAACCGCAGAUACAUUUUCCAUGUCAUUAUGGGAGUCUUUCAGAAACGAUUCAUGAAAGAAGGAGGAAAUUCCCUAGGAUAUUGCGUCACCCUCCCAUUGGAAAUAGCUGACAUACGCAGGUGGGGCUGGAGAACCCUCACACUUGAUAAUGAACAAUCUCCUGAGGGUCCUUAUAGUGACACACAAAUCCAGGCAUCGUGCAAUUUCAGAUUGUUAGGAAACACGCCGGCUAGCCUUUUCCCAGAUGUAUCGUGAAAAGAUGACACCAGUGUGUUCUGAUACCUUGCAGUAUUUUGCCUUCCUUUAUAUGGCACCACUAAAUAUUUGUGGAAAUAAAUUUGGCAAGAUGUUUGCUGUGGACCCUGUUACAGUGGUACCUCGGGUUACAGACGCUUCCGGUUACAGAUGCUUCUUCAGGUUACAGACUCCGCUAACCCAGAAAUAGCACCUCGGGUUAAGAACUUUACCUCAGGAUGAGAACAGAAAUCGCACGGCGGCAGUGGGAGGCCCCAUUAGCUAAAGUGGUACCUCAGGUUAAGAACAGUUUCAGGUUAAGAACGGACCUCCAGAACGAAUUAAGUUCUUAACCCGAGGUACCACUGUAUAUGUGAGUGGCAUUUAACUGUAACUUGAUGACCUGCAUUCUCCUUUUCACCAAAAGCUGAUCUCCCACGUACCUUGCAAGUUUUGUUCCGUGCUACUUGUCCGCGGGUGGCGCUGUGGGUUAAACCACAGAGCCUAGGACUUGCCGAUCAGAAGGUCGGCAGUUCGAAUCCCCGCGACGGGGUGAGCUCCCGUUGCUUGGUCCCUGCUCCUGCCAACCUAGCAGUUCGAAAGCACGUCAAAGUGCAAGUAGAUAAAUAGGUACCGCUCCGGCGGGAAGGUAAACAGCAUUUCCGUGCGCUGUUCUGGUUCGCCAGAAGUGGCUUAGCCAUACUGGCCACAUGACCCGGAAGCUGUACGCCGGCUCCCUCAGCCAAUAAAGCUGAGCGCCGCAACCCCAGAGUCGGCCAUGACUGGACCUAAUGGUCAGGGGUCCCUUUACCUUUACCUUACUUGUUCCGCCAUUGUGGAAAUGAGCAACGGCACAUGACUUUUCUGAGGUUUCGAAGCUACACCUCCUGAAAUUCCCUCCUUCUACACAACUCUUUUCUUUUUCUUUUCCUUUCUUUCUUCCCCCCCCCCCCCCCAAAUCUGGCCAUGCUGUGAAGAGCACUGCAAAAACAUUUCAGAGUAAAACACCACAGCACAAAACUUUAUUGAAUAAUGGGCCUUUCCCCCCUUCAAGUAACCAUUUCUUCUCUCCCCCUUAAAGAAUUAGCAUCAGCCAUUGAAGAAGUGCUUCCAGCCCUGAAGGAAGAGAAUGUGACUAUCUAUUACUUAAGCAGGACCUCCGAGACAGAGGGGAUCGACAGUUUCAUUGACAAAAUGGACGCUGCUUCAGAUGAACCUAUUCCAGUGUCCUGGAGAUCAAAUGUCACUUUAAAAAGUCCUGCCCUGUACAUAUAUACCUCUGGGACUACAGGUACAGUAAUAAAAAAAAACCCCACAAAUCAGGGGUUCCUUGGUCUACAGUCGACCCUGUGCAGAAAUAAAUCCUGUUUAGUUCAGCGGGACUGAUUUCCAGGUAACUGGGUGCACAGAAUUGCAGCUGGCUUAUUUUAUUCACUGGCUGGUUUUAAAAUAUCUUAUGAGGAAAUCUAAUUGACACAUUGCAAAACUUCACUGAAAGUGCCUGAGGAAAAGGACAGUGUCUCCAAAGUGUCUGAAACUUGGGAGACAAAACUGUAGCUGUGUAUUAAGCAAUGUGGUAGUUUGCAAACAAAAGCAUAUGUAAGGCAUGGGCGUAGCUGAGUGGGGUCAGGAAGGGGCAGCUGCCCCCCCUCAAAAUCAGUAAAAAUACAUAGCUAACUGAGGUUCUGCCCCCCACCCCAACAAAAGACCUGCCCUCCCCCCCCCCAACAAAAAUCCUGGCUACGCCCAUGGAUGUGGGACUGCUCUACUAACAAAAGAGAGCAUUGUUGUUUUUUGAAUGGCUUCUGUUGGAUGAAAAAAACAGUAGAAACCCAACUGGAUCCAAGCUAAGUUGGCUACGUUUUAGUCCCACUGAAAACAACCGACAAAUGUUAAUUAUGACUAUCUCUUCAGUUCCCAAAGCUGUUUAACAAUCAGUCUUCUCAGGGUAUCCUGGAAGUGGAAGAGGAGCUGCCUAACAACUUGAGGCACCCUUAACAAACUUCAGCUCCCAGAAUUCUUUGGGGGAAACCACAACUGUUUAAAGUGGCAUUAUGGUGCUUUAGGGACACGGGUGGUGCUGUGGGUUAAACCACAGAGCCUAGGACUUGCUGAUCAGAAGGUCGGCGGUUCGAAUCCCUACGACGGGGUGAGCUCCCAUUGCUCGGUCCCAGCUCCUGCCCACCUAGGAGUAAAAGCACGUCAAAGUGCAAGUAGAUAAAUAGGUACUGCUCCGGCGGGAAGGUAAACGGCGAUUCCGUGCACUGCUCUGGUUCGCCAGAAGUGGCUUAGUCAUGCCGGCCACAUGACCCGGAAGCUGUACUCCCUCAGCCAAUAAAGUGAGAUGAGCGCCACAACCCCAGAGUUGGCCACGACUGGACCUAAUGGUCAGGGGUCCCUUUACCUUUACUAUGGUGCUUUAAAUGCAUGUUACGAAUGUGUCCCAACUUAGCCUUCUCCCUAACAUGUAAGUUUUUUUGUUUGUUUGUUACACGAACAGAGAUUUUAAUAAUGAGGAUAAGGUGUAGGAGAUGAAUUGGCAUAUAAAGCCUUCUCUGGUUAUUAGAGGUUUGGAAAUCGUUAUAGUAGGCUCAUAGAUGUCAUUGCCCUGCACAGUGGUACCUCGGAAGUCGAACGGAAUCCGUUCCGGAAGUCUGUUUGACUUCCAAAACGUUUGGAAACCAAGGCGCGGCUUCCAAUUGGCUGCAGGAAGCUCCUGCAGCCAAUCAGAAGCUGUGGAAGCCCCGUGGGAUGUUCGAAUUCCAAAGAACACUCACUUCCUUGUUUGCGGCAUUCAGGAGUCAAAAUGUUUGACUCGCAAGCUUAGCUGUCAACUUACAGAUUUGAAAAUAAGGGACUAGCAGCCUCGAAAAUAAGGGAUCAGCAGCCAAAAUAAGGGAUUUUCUGGGCACAGGUAUGUUCAGCUUUUGAGCCCGUCCGAGCCAAAGGCAGAAAGCCCAGCCAGCAGCCAAACAAAGCCUCAAGCGGUGGUUCCCACAGCGCAGCAACCCAACAAAGGGGAUGCAGCAAGGAAAACCACCGUCACCUCUCUGCUGAGAAGUCCUGAGCAAAGGCGAGUCCCCAGGCAAUGCGGCUGAUUUGAUCGGCACAAGGCAUGCAAGCUCCAACCCCCCAGUCGUUCUUAGACACCUUAUUGGGUGAGCAACGCAGCCAAGCAACACAGUUGGAGCCUCCUUCCUCCCUGGCCGGCAGGGAGGGAGGGAGGGAGGGAGAGGAGCUGCUUCCUUUGAAAUCCGGGAAAUUUAAGGGACAUCAUCAAGCAGCGGGACACGGCGCUGGGAUAAGGGAGUUUCCCGCCAAAUAAGGGACGGUUGACAGCUAUGCUCGCAAGGCGUUCGGGAUCCAAGGUACGACUGUACUUGUUUCCCGUCUAAUGAGAAACAAAACUUUUCUCUUCACACAGGUCUCCCGAAAGCUGCGUUGAUUACCCAUGAACGCACGUUAUUGGCCUGUGGUCUGAUCAUUGCCAGCGGUGUUACUUCAGCAGAUGUUAUCUAUACCGCUUUGCCGCUCUAUCAUAGCGCCGCCCUUUUAAUUGGGGUGCACGGCUGCAUCCUGCAAGGUAAGCGGGGCUUAGUUGGAUUAAUAACUUGACUUUGUUUUGGAAAGCGUGUUCUCCUUCAUGGAGAGCAUGUGUUGCGGUGGGGUCUUACAAGACAUCCCACUGUUGCUGGGCGGGUAAACGUAGUUAGCCACCAUUGCGAUUGGGCUCCUCUUGUCGUUGGGGAGAAUUUGAUGUUGCCAUUGAAUGAUUGACAGCCAAGAAGUUUUAUAUUCCCUGCGCGCAGCGUUGAGCUUCCUCUUUUCACUGCGCGCAUCAGAUUACCCGCCCACCCUUCCUAUAUUUAGGGUUGUUCCCACUGGCCUUGCUAUGCCUGUCAUGGGGCAGGGGCCUGAUAGGAAUUUUAUCCAUUUGGCUGAUUGGCUGGUGCCAUUUAGUUUUUGCCUACUGCAUAGCAAAUCGUCACAACUUGUAAGGUUGCGGUUAGGCAUUGUUUUUUAUGAAUUGGUCGGUGGAGAAGCAUGGAUUGGCUGUGUCUGCCCCUCCAAUGCUGUUGCUGCAAGGGUAUUCCGUUAAAGAAAUCCAGUGGCUCGCCAUGCUUUUGUCCAAACCCCUGUCAAGGGGCUAGGGCCACGCAAGAGCCCCUGGGAGUAUUUGGGGAGAGUUGAGGGCAUGAUUCCCAGCUCCAUCUUUCUCCCCAAAAUGUUUUCCUUUUCUGACUUUCACGGGCGUGCGAAUGUCAGUCUGUCCCCGGGCCAGGACAGAUAGUCGCAACCAAUGCCUAAGCAACCACUCACAUUUUCUGUACAGUGGUACCUCGAGUUACAUACGCUUCAGGUUACAUAUGCUUCAGGUUACAGACUCCGCUGACCCAGAAAUAUUACCUCAGGUUGCUUCAGGAUAAGAUCAGAAAUCAUGCUCCGGCGGCGCGGCAGCAGCGGGAGGCCCCAUUAGCUAAAGUGGUGCUUCAGGUUAAGAACAGUUUCAGGUUAACAACGGACCUCCGGAACAAAUUAAGUACUUAACCCGAGGUACCACUGUAAUUUAAUGAAGUUGUGGUCAAAAUUAUGCCAAAAACCUUAAACAAAAAAUUCUGUGUGAAUUGUGUUUUAUUGGGGUGGCAUGGGGACCUCGACACACAAUGAGCUUCCACUGUAGCAUGUUUACUCAGCUUCUAGCCACCGAACUGAGCCAGGAGUGUAGAAUCAGCAUUUGUUGGCCCUUGCCCCCAUCGUUCCUUUAUAUACAUUUCCCCAAAGGUGCCUGGGAUCUUGACGCAAGGAACAGCUCCCACACAACAUGCCCUUGGAGGCACUUGGAAAGUAACCAUGGGUGCAAACAGAGAGAAAUACGUUUUGAUGCUGCUAAUUCAGGGACAAUACCGUUUGAACUGAGUGGCAACAAAUUAGGAUUUGCCGCAGGCGUGGGAACUUCUUGCCUUCCCGGAUACUGUUGGGAGUUCAGUUCCCAUCAUUCCUGCCUAUUGGUAGUGCUGGCUAGCACUGGUGGGAGUCUUGACAACAUCCAGAGGACCUGAUUUCCCAUCCCCAAUUUAGUGAGUUGUCCUUUUAAAACCUUGAUUGCGUUAGCUUUGACCAUGCCGUAAGCCAGUUGCGCGUCGAGAUCCCCAAGGCCACCCCAAUAACUCACAUUUCACACAUCAAUUUUUGUUUAAGGUUUUUGGCAUGAAUUCGGCCACAACUUUGUUUAAAUAUACACACCUGAGUGGUUGCUUAGGCAUUGGUUACGACUAUGUCCUUGCCCCAGGGACAGAACUGACUUCUGGAUUCCAGGGGAAGCCAGUGAGGGAAACAACUUUUGGGGAGAAAAUGAAGCUGGGCCUCAGUCCCUCACUUCUCACCCUCAUGCUCCUGAUGGCUGGCACGUCCCAAGUCCGAUGCCAGCGACAAGGACGAAAAGAAUGGCAAACCCCUGGAUUCCUUUAACGGAAUUCCCUUUCCGCACCACCAUUGGAGGGGUAGGCACUUACCCCUCCACCAACCAAUUUUAACCAAUGCCUAACCGCCAACCUUACAAGUUGUGACGAUUUGCUACGCAGUAGGCAAAAACCAAAUGGCAACAGCCAUUCAGCCAAAUGGACAAAAUUCCUACCAGGCCCCUGCCCCAAGGUAGACGACCCCAUGACAGGCAUAGCAAGGUCAGAGGACAACGAACCCCACCACCUUUUCAGGGAGGGUAGGCGGGUGAUCCAGUGCACGCAGCCCAAGAGAAGGCUCCCGGCUGUGAGCCCUGUAUUUAAGACCUCUGACUCCUCCCACACUUUAGCAACAUAACAUUCUCCCCAGCAACGCUCCUUGCCCAAUCACAGCAUGUGGCCAGUUUGCCCAACAACAGUGGGGUGGCCUUUUUGGCCCCGACCACAACACGUGCUCUCUAUUAUGGAGAACACGCUUUGUUUCUACCUUUUCCUUGCACUGCCGAUUCACAGGGUUCUUAGAAUUUCAGGACAGUGCAGUAGGACUGAGUUUAUCUAUAAGCACAAUUUCCAGGGGGCGACUAUGUGGGUGUGUCUACGAUUACCCAUCUCACAGGCUCAAAGAUGGCACAAUGAGUUUUUAGCAAAGUGUUUGCUCAAUGGUUCUGCGUUACUACACACAACACUUUUACGCAGGGGAGCGUUCAGAAAUGUGGGCUUGUAUUCUGAACUGGUGCAGUCCAGAAUUCUGCCACCCGGUCCUGUACAUGGGCUCUCAGACAGGAAUGUGCAGUCCUUCAGGAUUGGUUGCAAUUUUCCCACAGCAGCAUCAGAAGAUGAUAUAUACCGUACUUUUCUGUGUAUAAGACUAGGGAUUUUUAAUAAAAAAUAAUGUUUAAAAAUGGGGCUCGUCUUAUACACGGGCAGUGCAUUGUGGGGCCGGUUGAUUAGUUGCAGCCCCCAAAAUAGGGGGCGUCUUAUACACAGGGGGUGUUAUACAUGGGAAAAUACGGUAUAUCCUUCAAUAGGGGUGGGUGUGUUAGUGUCUAAUUCCACUGUCUCGUUUGCUUGUAGGUGCUACUCUUGCAUUACGUUCAAAAUUUUCAGCUACUCAGUUUUGGGAUGACUGCAGAAAAUACAACGUAACUGUCAUACAGUACAUCGGAGAGGUGCUUCGUUAUUUAUGCAAUGUGCCCAAGGUAAGUUAUUCCUCUGACAUCUGUGUGUGUGUGUGUGUGUGUGUGUGAGAGAGAGAGAGAGAGAGAGAGAGAGAGAGAGAGAGAGAGCUUCUACAGAUAUUGUUAGAACUGGUCUUGAUUCAAUGCCUUAUUUAUUUAUUUAAAGUACAGUGGUAUCUCGGGUUAAGUACUUAAUUCAUUCCGGAGGUCCGUUCUUAACCUGAAACUGUUCUUAACCUGAAGCACCACUUUAGCUAAUGGGGCCUCCCGCUGCCGCUGCGCCGGGAGCACAAUUUCUGUUCUCAUCCUGAAGCAAAGUUCUUAACCUGAAGCACUAUUUCUGGGUUAGCGGAGUCUGUAACCUGAAGCGUAUGUAACCCGAGGUACCACUGUAUUAUAUAUAUGGUUUGUUAGCACUUGUGGCUUCUGUAAAAAAAAAAAAAUCUGUACCUUCACAUGAACUCGAAAUUAAUUCUAAAGGAAGACUUGGGCCAAGUUCAUUUGUUGGAUCCACAGCCGUUCUGGAUUAAAGCCGCUCUUGCACGACUUGUGACUCUCUAAGCCGGGGACGGGGGAGAAUGCUUUUCAUGCCAAGAGCCACAUUCCCUUCUGGAAAACUCCUCCAGGGCCACAUACUAAUUUUACUGUUUACUAUUAGACUCUGAUGGAUUGUUGAAUGUUGCUUUGUCUGAUAUCAGUUGUUUAUUUUAACAUUAUUGCGACUUUUAUAUUGGAUCAGAUUGUCACUAUUAAUGUUUGAUGUUUUAUUAGGUUUUUAUGUCCUGGAAGCCACCCAACCCAGUCAGAUGGGUGGGGUAUAAAUGAAACAGUAGUAGUAGUAGAGCCAAAGGCAAAAGUGGGCAGAACAAUGCAAGCGAAUUUUCCCUUUGUAUGGUAGGCUGGUUGCUGUUAAGUUGUGGGUGAACAUAUCAGACGACACAGCGAUUCUUCAAACAGCUCUUGUUUAUUCACAGGCCAGGACAGAACUGAACUGAAGGGUUCAGUCAGCCUGCUUAUAUAGAGCUUCAGUACAACGUAACUGUAACAAUUUUCUAAAACUAUCCAAUCACUGAACGUCACUUUCGAUCCCUUAUUUGCAUAACUAUCUACAGUAUCCCCCUGCUGGCCCAGGGUGAGAACUUCAGUACAUAACAGUUGCCACAUGCUCUCAUGCACCCCGCUCCUUCCAUCCAGACAACAAGAGACAUUAUCAGAGGUCAUGGACACAUUCUAGCCAGACAAAAGCACUUCAGGAGGGAGUGAAUCAGGGCCUAUGUGGGUUGUGACCUGGGAAGAGUCCCAAAGGCCAGACAGAGAGGCAAGGAGGGAUGCAUUCAAGUCCCCGGACCUGAGGUUUCCCCCUCCUGCUCCAACCUGAAUCUAAUUCCACCAGCUAUACAUGACAGCCCAUCAGAAGCUUCAGAAACCUACUGUUCCACUGCUUGCCUGUAGCUACAAAAACAAAAGGUUUGCCAGGCUGCAGUCCAUAGCUGGUAGGCUGCAGUUGGCUUGGAUCACAAGUUAUGCAAGCUGGAGGUAAAUUAAGGUACCGUGGACUUUGUACGUCAGAAACUUAAACGAUUCUAAGAAAUUUAAUUUUUAGUUUCUCAGCUGCCCUUUGCACUGUAGGAGGGACUGGAAUCCAGCAGGAAUGUUCUGCAUAAGAAUACUUGCUGGUGCAAUGCCAAUUGAUGUACCUCCAGCAACCCCACUCUGUGUUGUCCAUUGCAAGUGGUGGGAGGUGGAGUUUAUCGAUUAUGGCGGACUAAAUUGUCUUCUGUAUCUGGGUUGUCUUUCAGGACCUUAAAGCUCUGCAGCUCUGAAUACAGGCACAAUUGCAUUGCUGAACUUGACUCUAUAAACAGCACCCCUUAAAGCAUCUUUGUGAAACCGUGGCCAAGCAAUGCUUAGGUGGGCAGAAUCAGUUUUUGAAAGAAAAUAGACCGUUCUUCUAACGCAGCAUACAAAUUUAUUAAACAAAUAAGUCAAAUGGUGGAGAGGGAUCUAGAAUCUCUGUGAGGAAUAAUAAUAAUAAUAAUAAUAAUAAUAAUAAUAAUAAUAAUAAUUUAUUAUUUAUACCCCGCCCAUCUGGCUGGGCCUCCCCAGCCACUCUGGGCGGCUUCCAUAGAAACCAAAAAUACAGUAAAAUAUCACACAUUAAAAACUUUCCUGAACAGGGCUGCCUUCAGAUGUCUUCUGAAUGUCAGGUAGUUGUUUAUCGCUUUGACAUCUGCUGGAAGGGCGUUCCACAGGGCGGGCGCCACUACCGAGAAGGCCCUCUGCCUGGUUCCAUGUAGCUUUGCUUCUCGCAAUGAGGGAACCGCCAGAAGGCCCUCGGCGCUGGACCUCAGCGUCCGGGCAGAACGAUGGGGCUGGAGACGCUCCUUCAGGUAUACUGGACCGAGGCCGUUUAGGGCUUUAAAGGUCAACACCAACACUUUGAAUUGUGCUCGGAAACAUACUGGGAAGGUGAACCCCCAUAGGUAUACCACGGUCAAGAUCUUUCCCUCUGUUCACUUUGCAUGCCAGUUGUAGAACAGUACAAUGGUACCUUGGUUCUUAAACUUAAUCCGUUCUGGAAGUCCCUUCCAAAACCAAAGCGUUCCAAAACCAAGGCACGCUUUCCCAUAGAAAGUAAUGCAAAAUGGAUUAAUCCGUUCCAGACUUUUAAAAACAACCCGUAAAACAGCAAUUUAACAUAAAUAUUACUAUCUAAUGAGACCAUUGAUCCAGAAAAUGAAAGCAAUAAACAAUGUACAGUGGUACCUUGGGUUAAGUACUUAAUUCGUUCCGGAGGUCCGUUCUUAACCUGAAACUGUUCUUAACCUGAAGCACCACUUUAGCUAAUGGGGCCGCCUGCUGCCGCCGCGCCGCCGGAGCCCGAUUUCUGUACUUAUUCUGAAGCAAAGUUCUUAACCUGAAGCACUAUUUCUGGGUUAGCGGAGUGUGUAACCCGAAGCGUAUGUAACCUGAAGCAUAUGCAACCCGAGAUACCACUGUACUGCAGUCACACAAUCAUCAAUCAGUAGCUGAAGUGGGUUCCACACAGUCACAAAAACAAAACAAAAAGAACCGCAAAAAUAAAAAUACAAAAUAAAUAGCAAAAACAGACAGACCUCCGUGUAACACUCCAAACGGAAAUGUGGCGAUCAAAUCAGAAGUGUAACACGCAAAACGGAGCACACUCGACUUUUGAAAAAGUUCGCAAAUCAGAACACUUAUUUCCGGGUUUGCAGUGUUUGGGUUCCAAGUCGUUCGAGUCCCAAAGCGUUUGAGAACCAAGGUACCACUCUAUUAGAUUUGAGCUUUGUACUCACUAUUUAAGCAAGAAAAAUUGUGGCUUAAAUGGCUGCAUUUGGUUGCAAUCAACUUUCGGCUCAAUAAGCAGAGAUAUGCACGAGCGUAAAACACGAGCUGAACACUUUAUUUAUUUAAUCUUCCUUAGGGGCGUAGCUAAUUGAACACCAGGUUUUCCAGUUAAUACGCAAUUAAACUGAAUAGUGGGAAGUUUACACCUGCCUCAGUCUGUUUGGCUGCAAACCAAACAGAAUUAAAUGGCUCCAGCAAUCCUUUGGGAUAUCAAAGGAGCAGUCUUUAGAGCCCGGUUCAGGAAGCAAGACCUAGUGUCAGGUGACUCUAAGUAUAGAGACACAUGAAUCUCACUGGAAGAAAUGUUCAGGGAUCUGUUCCAGAAGGAAAGAGAGCUAAGGUUGGGGGCUUAACUAACGGGUGCUAACUGAAAACUGAGUUCCUCUACCUAUCUCUAUCUUAAGACAGGUUCCUGUAUUUGCUUGCAGUUAAUAUGUUUUGCAUAAGGGACGCGGGUGGCGCUGUGGGUUAAACCACAGAGCCUAGGACUUGCCGAUCAGAAGCUCGGCAGUUCGAAUCCCCACGAUGGGGUGAGCUCCCGUUGCUCGGUCCCUGCUCCUGCCCACCCAGCAGUUCGAAAGCACAAAAGUGCAAGUAGAUAAAUAGGUACCGCUCCGGCGGGAAGGUAAAUGGCGUUUCCGUGCACUGCUCUGGUUUGCCAGAAGCGGCUUAGUCAUGCUGGCCACAUGACCCAGAAGCUGUCUGCGGACAACCGCCGGCUCCCCCAGCAAACAGGGCGAGAUGAGCAAGCAACCCCAGAGUUGGCCACGACUGGACCUAAUAGUCAGGGGUCCCUCUACCUUUAAUAUGUUUUGCAGUGUGAAUAUAGUGGUUGAGCAAGGAUUUUCAGUCGUGUCUGGAAGAACACCCUGCACAUUUCCACCAACAGAAAACUCUCCAGUGAAGAGUUACAAAAACCAGCUGACUUUUAUGCCAGCCAUUUUAAGGAUUUAAUUAAGCUCUCAGCAGCAGCAGCAGCAUAGACUGUUGUCAAAGUUGGCAUGCUCAGUUACCUGAUCCAAGGAAAUCACUUCAAAGCUGGGAAUAAAGCCCACAGAUGUAUAUUUGUGAUAAUGAGGGUGUAAUACAAAACAAGGUGGCUUUUAGCGAUGCGAUUUGCUUUUCCUGCGGGUGUUAUAAAACUCUUUAGCAGUACAGAUCAUUAAAGGGGAACCACGGAGCUUAAUUUCCAUGACGGAAACAGGAGGAGCGAGAACUGUUGGGGUUUUUUUACAUAAAUAUAAAGAUCACAAUGUUAGGCAACACACACAAAAAAGUUAUUUUUUCGAUUGUCAUCUUGUGUUUCCAUCCAAAGGAGCCCAGGGAGGCAAACUGUUAAAACAAUACAAUUUUAAAACAUUUUUGUUUAAACAACGAUGACAACCACGUACCCUCACAACUGAUGAUUUCAGAAUUGCCAGAAAUAUUAUCAUUUAGCCACUGAAUGCUAAGGUGAAACAGUAAUGUUGUGCCUAAAUGUUAAGAAUGAAGGGAUCAGAUACACAUCACCAGGCAAGGCAUUCCCUAAAUUCGGGGUCUCUACCGAGAAGGCUCCGUCAUGGGUUCAGCUGCACUCAGUAACAGCGUUUUCUCGUGUUCCACUCUCCCUGUUUACAGGUGCAUUGGUUUUUUAUUUUAUCUUUAAAGGAAUUUUAUUAACUGAGACAAAAUAUAUGUGGGACACCAAAAAAUCACAAUCCUUUCAGAGUUACAUAUAUUUGAAAUGUUAACUGGAAAAAAAUAAACAAAUAUCAGUACAUUGUAAGUGGUUCAUAACCAGGCUUUUUAAAAAAGUGCCUUAUUUUUGUGGUACGGUUCCUUUUGGAUUUGAUCAUAGCUCAGAUCUAACCUUUACCGCCUUCAUUUUGCAUCAUCUCCUUUACUCAGGGGGAAAGGGAUGAAAGGAAAACAGAGGGACGGAUGGCGGGUUAAUAAUAGCUCGCCCCUGGAGAAGCUUUUCUAAGCGGAAAAAUAAAUCUCAGGACUCCCAUGGUCAAAAAAGCAAGAGCGGGGGGGAAAUGCAUGGAAGGACCAAAGCUAGCUAUUGUGGUGUCAUGUGGAUAGAACAUAAGAAGAACCCGCAGGAUCAGGCCAAAGACCAUCUGGUCCAGCAUCCUGUUCUCAUAGUAAAUUGAAAUUGAAAUAAAUAUGAAAUACAGUGGUACCUUGAGUUAUAGACGCAUCAGGUUACAGACUCCACUAACCCAGAAAUAGUACCUCAGGUUAGGAACUUUGCUUCAGGAUGAGAACAGAAAUUGCGUGGUGGAGCAAUUAGCUAAAGUGGUACCUCAGGUUAAGAACAGUUUCAGGUUAAGAACAGACCUCCAGAACGAAUUAAGUUCUUAACCCGAGGUACCACUGUACUUUAUUAUCACUUGUACAACUUGCAUACAGUGAGAUUAGACGAGCACCCCCCACUCAGCUCUCAGGUCUUAAUUCCUCUUGUUUACUGACGCACACCCACCAAACCCAAAAGUCAGUUGCCCUGUUAUUAUCUUUUCAUUCAGCAGCCUAACAGCCCACGGAUAAAAGCAGUUCUUUACCCUGUUGGUGUGACUAAUCAUGCUUCUAUGAGGGCAGAAGAUCAAGAAAGUGCCGGCCAAGGUGUGAAUCAUCCCUGAGAAUUUUCCUCACUCUCCUGAGGCAACAUUCUUCCGCGAUGUCAUCCAGCGGAUUCACAGGACAGCCCAUAAUAUCUUGUGCUGUAUUCACCGCCCUCUGUAGGCACUUCCUAUCAGUUGAUGUCAAACCAGCGUACCACACCGUGAUGCACUAUGAAAGGACACUUUCUAUUGUGGACCGGUAGGAGAUCAUCAAAUGUUGAUUGACAUCGUUCUUUCGCAAUAUUCUGAGGAGAUGGAGUCUCUGUUGGGCUUUCUUAACCACCUGGGUUGUAUUGAUUUUCCAAGUAAGGUCUUCACUGAGAUUAACUCCUAGGAAUGUAAAGGAAGAGACUCUCUCCACACAGCCCUCCCCAAUGUACAGCUGAGCUAGUUCUCCUCUCUUCCUCUGAAAGUCCAACCCCAUCUCCUUUGUCUUGCUAAUCUAGUAGCCAACUAGAUUCGUGUGGGGAAAACUCUUGAGCAGGAUUUGAGCACAAGACCCCUCUCUCCUCCUGUGUCUUCCAGUAGCUGUCAUUCAGAAGCAUCACUGCCCCCAACCUUGAUUCCUAGAGUGUCCUUUUCAUCUUUUCAAUUCGUAUACCGUCUUUCUAUCUUACAAUACUCAAGGCGGUUUACAAGCUGAAGAAACCAAAAAUGUACAUCUUAUAACAAUCUAAUGCAAUACAGAAAUGUGACAAUAAAACAAAAUUUUAAAAUACGCAACCUACAUCAAAAAAGUAAAAUUCAACAAUCCUUUGUUGUUGUUGUUGUCGUGUCCGACUCUUCGUGACCCCCUGGACCAGAGCACGCCAGGCACUCCUGUCUUCCACUGCCUCCCGCAGUUUGGUCAAAGUCAUGCUGGUAGCUUCGAGAACACUGUCCAACCAUCUCGUCCUCUGUCGUCCCCUUCUCCUUGUGCCCUCCAUCUUUCCCAACAUCAGGGUCUUUUCCAGGGAGUCUUCUCUUCUCAUGAGGUGGCCAGAGUAUUGGAGCCUCAGCUUCACAAUCUGUCCUUCCAGUGGGCACUCAGGGCUGAUUUCCUUCAGAAUGGAGAGGUUUGAUCUUCUUGCAGUCCAUGGGACUCUCAAGAGUCUCCUCCAGCACCAUAAUUCAAAAGCAUCAAUUCUUCGGCAAUUAGCCUUCUUUAUGGUCCAGCUCUCACAAUCAUUAGAACAGUAUAAAAUAAUAAUAUUAACAUAUAAAAGUUAAACAGAAAUCCACCCAACAGUUCCAAUAAAUAAUUUCUAAACUAUAAUAAAUAAAACGGCAAGCCACAGUGCAUAAAAUAAUGCAAUACAAAUUGAGAAGCAGAGACUAGAGGGUCAAGGCAGGUGGAAGGAGGCCUUGCCUGAUGAAGUCUCUCCCCUCACAGUCCGUGAACUCUGAAUAAUGACUCUUGCUUGUCUGGAUGGAGGAAAGAGAGGGAAGUAUGUAGAAACUCGCCUGUUGUACAACAGGAUGCCGUAGCUCGGUGGUAGAGCAACUGGCUUGCAUGUAGAAGGUCCCAAGUUCGAUCCCCAGCAUGUCCCCCUGGGAGAGACCCCCCCCUCCAAGUGCACCUGCCAGGCAGUGUAGACAGCACUGAGCUAGAUGGACCUAUGCUCUGACUCAGUAUAAGGCAGCUAGCUCCCCAGUAAAGAUUUACAUUGGUUUCUCUGCCUACUUUUGCCCCUGGGUCCGGGCACCAUUGUCUUUGAUAAGACAAUUCUGACUUUUGAUGUAUGUUUCUGAGCACAAUUCCAAGUGUUGGUGCUGACCUUGAAAGCCCUAAACGGCCUCAGUCCUGUAUACAGUGGUACCUCAGGUUACAUACGCUUCAGGUUACAGACUCCGCUAACCCAGAAAUAGUGCUUCAGGUUAAGAACUUUGCUUCAGGAUGAGAACAGAAAUUGUGCUCCGGUGGUGCGGCAGCAGGAGGCCCCAUUAGCUAAAGUGGUGCUUCAGGUUAAGAAUAGUUUCAGGUUAAGAACAGACCUCGGGAAUGAAUUAAGUACUUAACCAGAGGUACCACUGUACCUGAAAGAGCGUCUCCACCCCAGGGAACCAGGCAGAGGGCCUUCUCGGUGGUGGCACCUGCCCUGUGGAACACCCUCCCACCAGAUGUCAAUGAAAUAAACAACUAUCUGACUUUUAGACGACAUCUGAAUGCAGCCCUAUUUAGGGAAGUUUUUAAUGUUUGAUGUUUUAUCGUUUUUUUAAUAUUCUGUUGGGAGCAGCCCAGAGUGGCUGGGGAGACCCAGCCAGAUGGGCAGAGUAUAAAUUAUUACUAUUAUUAUUAUUAUUAUUAUUAUUAUUAUUAUUAUUUAUCUGAUCCUUUAUAAGGCAGCUCCCUAUGCUUUUCAUAGAAUCCUCCACCUUCUGCUGGCGUGUGUGGAUUACUUUUUGCAUGUAUGAAAUACUGCAAUAUUUUCUGGCUAGCUCAUUCUCUACCGAACACUGUUAAUGCCCUUAUGGAAUCAUGACUUCUUCCUUUUAUUUCCAGAAAGACAACGAUCGCAACCAUAGGGUAAGAAUUGCCUUGGGUAAUGGCUUGAGGGCUGACGUUUGGAGGGAAUUCAUCCGGAGGUUUGGAAACAUACGCAUUUUUGAGUUUUACGCAGCCACGGAAGGCAAUGUAGGCUUUGUGAACUAUACUGGGAAAAUUGGAGCCGUGGGAAGAUUAAAUUAUUUGCAUAAGGUAAGUGAAAAUGUGUUCCAGUGGUCCCUGUUUACCAAGAUUAGGCAUGAGAUACUUCAGAUUGAUUAUGUAUAUAUAACAAUAUUUACAAAGCUUGUUUAAUUUUGAAGAUACAACGACGUCAUCAGAAGCUCACACUAACAGAAUCCAUUCAUCAUGAUCUGAACCUCUGUAUUAAUUAACAGGUGGGGGUUCCGUUCUAGGCCCCUGUGUUUUUGCGAAAUCACAUAAAAUGGGGAGCGCCCUGGAGAGUCCUAGUGACUCGCAAGGAGACCUACCUCAGAUCCCAAAGAGGACCUCUCCAGGCUCCAGGGAGGGUCUCCUCGCAAGCCGGAGGGGCAGUGGGGCUUUGUUGAGCUGCUUAGCCUCACCGCCUAACAGCUGAUGUUCAAGGUAGCGCAGCAGCCGUCGCUGCUUCCAAGUGCACCAGCUGAAGAAGUCCACGGCACUUCCAUGCAUGUAUAUGAUGCUUAAAGUGUUCUCUUUUUUUAUAUAAACAGUAUUGGGGGUCUGUAUGAAGAAAAAUGCAAUGUAUAUAUGUAAAUGUGAUGGAUAUUAGACCUCCGGGUAUAGGGCAGUAUAUAAAUUUGAUUAAUAAUAAUAAUCAUUAUCAUCAUCAUCACCAUUUUCAUUAGAAAAUAAUGCGCUAUGACCUGAUUAAAUAUGAUGUAGAGAAAGAUGAACCUUUCCGAAAUGAAGACGGCUACUGUAUAAAAGUUCCUAAAGGUACAUAUGUUUUACUUCUUUAUUUGCCGGUAAAAUUCAGUGCUGCUGUUUCUUUGAGCUGCCAUUUUAGUAGGCCUUGUUUGCACAUCAUUUUGAAGUGCGGAAAACAAUAGGUCUUUUAAAGGUUGCUGGACUGCAGCUCCCAUCAUCCCUGAACCCUGGCCAUGCUCACUGUAGCUGAUGGGAAUUGCAGUCUAGCAACAUCUGGAAGGCCACAAAUUCCCUACUUGUGAACGAAACAACUCCAUCUGUGAAACAUUAUCCCCAAGGAAACAUGCCUGACACCGUCACUAAGACCUUUAUAUUCACUCAAAUAUUUUGUAACUAAGAGAGCCUUCCUCUACGGUGGUGUUUAUCUGGGGUGGCUAGGACUUGUCAAUAUUACAUAAUUAGAUGAGCAUUUUGGGUAUUUUGUAUGAUACAUUGUUUUAAAUUUGUGGGUUUUGAUUGGUUUUGUCUGUUUUAUUUUACCUCAUUAAAAUAAUAAUAAUAAUAAUAAUAAUAAUAAUAAUAAUAAUAAUAAUUUAUUUAUACCCCGCCCAUCUUGCAGGGUCCCCCCAGCCACUCUGGGGGGCUUCCAACAAAACACUAAAAUACAAUAACCUAUUAAACAUUAAAAGCUUCCCUAAACAGGGCUGCCUUUAGAUGUCUUCUAAAAGUUAUUUUUCUCUUUGACAUCUGGUGGGAGGGCGUUCCACAGGGCGGGUGACACUACCAAGAAGGCCCUCUGCCUGGUUCCCUGUAACUAGUCUUCUCGCAGUGAUGGAACCGCCAGAAGGCCCUUGGCGCUGGACCUCAGUGUCCGGGCAGAACAAUGGAGGUGGAGACGCUCCUUCAGGUAUACUGGACCGAGGCGUUUAGGGCUUUAAAGGUCAGCACCAACACUUGGAAUUGUGCUCGGAAACAUACUGGGAGCCAGUGUAGGUCUUUCAAGACCGGUGUUAUAUGGUCUCGGCGGCCGCUCCCAGUCACCAGUCUAGCUGCCACAUUCUGGAUUAAUUGUAGUUUCCGGGUCACCUUCAAAGGUAGCCCCACAUAGAGCGCAUUGCAGUAGUCCAAGCGAGAGAUAAUUUAUUUUUUAAAGCAACUAACAAAUGUAAUAAUAGAUAGAUUGAUACAUAGAUUGUACCCAGCCCAUCUGACUGGGUUGUCCCAGCCAUUCUGGGCGGCUUCCAACAGAAUAUAACAAAACAGAGUGAAACAUCAGGCCUUAAAAACUUCCCAGUAUGGGCCUGCCUUUUUAUACUUGCUUGUUUGUUUUUUUGUUCCUUAUAGGUGAAGUGGGACUGUUAGUUUGUAAAAUAACACGGUUUGCACCAUUUAGUGGAUAUGUGGGAGCCAAGAGCCAGACUGAAAAGAAAAAGCUCAGAGAUGUGUUCCAGAAAGGGGAUUUAUAUUUCAACAGUGGUGAUCUUUUAAUGAUUGACCAUAACAACUUCAUUUAUUUCCAUGACCGAGUUGGAGACACAUUCCGGUUUGUUGGCUUUUUAUGUAUAUUUAUGACCUUUAAAAGGCGAAAGCAAAUAAUUGUGGGUUCUUAAUGUAUGCAGCAAGGGACGCGGGUGGCGCUGUGGGUUAAACCACAGAGCCUAGGACUUGCCGAUCAGAAGGUCGGUGGUUCGAAUCCCCGCGACGGGGUGAGCUCCUGUUGCUCAGUCCCUGCUCCUGCCAACCUAGCAGUUCGAAAGCAUGUCAAAGUGCAAGUAGAUAAAUAGGUACCACUAAGGUGGGAAGGUAAACAGCGUUUCCGUGUGCUGCUCUGGUUUGCCAGAAGUGGCUUAGUCAUGCUGGCCACAUGACCCGGAAGCUGUACGCCGACUCCCUUGGCCAAUAAAGCGAGAUGAGCGCCACAACCCCAGAGUUGGCCACGACUGGACCUAAUGGUCAGGAGUCCCUUUACCUUUUAAUGUAUGCAGCUCAUCAGAAAGAUGAUGUGCAGCAGAGAAUUUGGGUGAUCAUGUCACUAUGCAGUGCAGGUAGGGGGACAAACACACACACCUCUCUCUCUCUCUCUCCCUCCCUCUCUCUCUCUCUCUCUCUCUCUCACACACCCUCUUUUGUUGACCUCUUACUGAAUAUGUGAGCUUACAAUGAAAAAUAUUCUGUCGGAAAUGGGUAGCACCAACAUGCAAGUCAUCACUUAGUGAUGCCAACAGUCAGCAGAUGAAUGUGUGGACUUAUUCCAAGUCAGUCCACAUACUGACUUGCAGAAAUGGCAACAUGAAAUGGUCUUGAAGAGGGGGUUUCGUAUUAUUGUGUCAGGGCUGGAGCCACGAAAGCUGAACCCAGAAAACAUUUCCAUGGAUGCCCUAUGUGGUAGCUAGUCAGAAGUUCAGUUUGGGGCAUCUUCCAGAGGUUUAUAUGGUCUCAGGCUCUGAACUAGCCCCACCCACCCAGGGUGGCCAUUAGGCCCUGUGGUCUAAACCACUGAGCUCUUGGGUUUGCUGAUCAGAAGGUCGGCGGUUCGAAUCCCUGUGACGGGGUGAGCUCCCGUUGCUCGGUCCCAGCUCCUGCCAACCUAGCAAUUCGAAAGCAAGUGCAAGUAAAUAAAUAGGUACCACUCCGGCGGGAAGGUAAACAGCGUUUCCGUGUGCUGCUCUGGUUCGCCAGAAGCGACUUAGUCCUGCUGGGCACAUGACCCGGAAGCUGUACGCCGGCUCCUUCGGCCAAUAAAGCGAUAUGAGCACCACAACCCCAGAGUCGUCUGCGACUGGACCUAAUGGUCAGGGGUCCCUUUACCCUUUACCUAUAUUACUUGCAGGUUAGUUACUUAAUUUGUAUGGCUACAUCUCUGCAAAGGAAAGUGGCGCAAGUGUCCAUUAUUUUGCAAUGUUACUUGCUCUGAGUUUGUUUGCUUUAAUGGGAUUUUCUCCUCUGCUGCCCCCGCCCCCCAUCUCAGAUGGAAAGGAGAAAAUGUUGCUACAACUGAAGUUGCAGAUAUUCUGGGACUGAUCAACUUUAUUCAGGAGGCAAAUGUAUAUGGCGUGCCCAUUCCAGGUAUAGUAUGAAUGCUCUGGUGUCAAAGGUGAUAGUUUUGUGGCUUCUUGAAAAGAGAGAGAAAAAUGGCCUUCUUUCCAUCAUUGUGGCUGCUACACUCCCUCAACACUCAUCCUAAGUGAUCAGAAGAUCUCUGUCCCACCUUCUGUAUUUUCCUCAUAACACAUUUGAAUUUUUUGUAACCAUGAUUGCAGAGUAAUGUAUCAACAUUAAAAAAAGAUAGCAGCAGAGAAGGGAGUCAUUAACUUUCUAGACAAAACCAAAUACUGUUUUUCAGCAUUUGUAAACACAUUUUGAGUUGCAAAGGAGAGAAGUUGGAUUAGAAUGAAUGCAAUCAAUUUUUAAAUAUUGGGAAGUCCGUGACAGAAGUGGAUAUUUUGUAUGAACCGAAAUAUUAACUUACAGUGGUACCUUGGUUUAAGAACAGCUUAGUUUAUGAACAACUUGGAUUAAGAACGCUGCAAAACCCAGAAGGAGGUGUUUUGGUUUGUGAACUUUGCCUUGGAAUAAGAACAUGUUUUGUUUCCUGUUGAGUGUGUUCCAUUUGUAAAUUGAGUCCCCCCCUGCUAUGGGAAAGCACGCCUUGGUUUAAGAACGCUUUGGUUUAAGAACGGACUUCCAGAAUGGAUUAAGUUUGUAAACCAAGGUACCACUGCAUACAUGUCUACUCAAACAUAAAGCUACACUAAGUUCUAUAGGACUAAGUGCAAAGGAUUGCAGUCUUAUUUUACUAUAUGCUUUUCUUUUCUCUAAAAGAAUAAAAGACAAAUCAGUGACAAGUUCUAUUUAUACAAUUAUGCACAUUUUUUAAAAAAAUAUGUAUUUAUUUAUAUACCCUUUAUAUGCUGAAAUGGCAACUAACCAGUAUACAAUUAUAAAAUCAAGAAAAUUGUAAUUACAAAUCAUAAGAUCAAUACAAAUUAAAAUACACAAUAACAAUUCCAUUGGGGCAUUAAAACACCCCCAAUUAAAUAUAGAAAUGAAUGCAAUGAAUACGAAAUUUAAAAAUACAAUUAUUAUCAUUAUUAUUAAUAAUAAUAGUAAUAAUAAUAUCCUGCCCAACAGAAUAUUAAAAACACGAUAAAACAUCAAACAUUAAAAACAAUAAAACAAACCAUUACAAAGCACAACAAUCAGAAGAAUUAAAUGUGAUUAUGUGAUUAAAUGUGUUAUGUUUUCAGGAAACGUCUUUUUUAAAAAAGAAAAAGGAAAAAUAGCAAACAAUAGGAGUCUUUUGCUGGGUGCUCCAUUUCUGCCACCGACAUUUAGAGCUUGAUUACCAAGUGUGCUUGAAGCUGCUUUCCUUUGUUUUCACCUGCCUCUGUUGAAGAGGUAAACACCUAAUUGCCAUGGGAAAGAUUUCGCCAACAAGAGAACUGAAUAAUAGUCCAGAGUUCCUUAUCCUCUCCUCAGAUUAUGUUACAGCAGAUGAAGGAAAUAUAGCUCAGCUCCCCUUGGGCCUAAAAAACCAAAUAGAAGACUGAAAUGCCUAAUUGCAAACUGGUCUUGCAGCAAGGGGGAGAGUAGCAAGUCGUGGUAACCCUUCACAUUUUUUUAUUAUCCCUAGGCUAAACCUUUUCCCCCCUUUUAGAUAGAUCCUAUAUAUUUGCCACCUGACGUAAGUUCACAGGGACAGAAUCUCUCCUAAACACUUAAGCCAAUCUGGCAGAUUCAGGUGUGAGCACCAAAUAUUCUAUCCCAAACCACAAAUCCUUUGAGUAAACAGUAUUCAAUGCCAGGUGUUCCUUUCCAAGUGACAAAAAGCACAGAUUAGCUCAGAAGAAAGUAUGCAACCAUGUUCUCACAGCCCUGGCUAGGGGCUCCUGUGUCAAUAACAUUCAAGGUCAUAGACCUUAGAAGCCCUGGGAGGAGGCUGAUUCCAUCAAGACUAUUCCAGCCCCUUCCCCUUAGGUUUUGGCUUAAAAAACUGUAGUCCUUUCACCUAUGUGUACAAGGAAGCUCUCUCAUCCCACACAUAGCAUGACUACAGUGUCAAACAGCCGUGGUUCAGCUGAAACCUCCAGGUGCCCAAAGCACUUACCUAACUGGAGAGAUGGGCUUGAUAAUUUGGCUGUUUUUAGUUCACGUUCUUGAUGUAGGGCAGCGGUAGACUUCAGGCAGCUAUGGUCUUCUUCUCCAACUCAUUUGGACUUGCACAGAAAAGGUCUGAGGGUUAAGUUGUUGUUGUUGUUGUUGUUGUUGUUGUUACCCUGCCUAUCUGGCUGGGUUUCCCCAGCCACUCUGGACGGCUCCCAACAGAAUAUUAAAAGCACGAUAAAACAUCAAAACGUUAAAAACUUCCCUAAACAAGGCUGCCUUCAGAUAUCUUCUAAAAGUCAGAUUCAGUGGUACCUCAGGUUACAUACGCUUCAGGUUACAGACUCCGCUAACCCAGAAAUAGUACCUCAGGUUAAGAACUUUGCUUCAGGAUGAGAACAGAAAUCGUGCUCCGAUGGUGCGGCGGCAGCGGGAGGCCCCAUUAGCUAAAGUGGUGCUUCAGGUUAAGAACAGUAUCAGGUUAAGAACGGACCUCCGGAACGAAUUAAGUACUUAACCCAAGGUACUACUGUAGUUGUUUAUUUCCUUGGCAUCUGAUGGGAGGGCCUUCCACAGGGCGGGCGCCACUACCAAGAAGGCCCUCUGCCUGGUUCCCUGCAACCUUACUUCUCGCAGUGAGGGAACUUUCAGAAGGCGCUCGGAGCUGGACCUCAGUGUCCGGGCAGAAUGAUGGGGGUGGAGACGCUCCUUCAGGUAUACUGAGGUAGUCAAGUAUACCUUGACUACUUGACAAGUUGUCAAGACAGUCUGUUUUUUAUGAUUUACACUGUUCGAAAAAUUUUCUAGUAAGCUGUAUCAGGAACUUCUUGAGAUGCGGUUUAGAAACACAGGCAACAGAUAUAAUGGGAAAAACUGGUUUUAAUAAAUGAUUACAGAAUAUUUGUUACUUAAGAGAAGUGUUGAAGCCUCAAAGAGAUACAGGGAAGUCAACUAAUAUAGCAGGGAUUCAAACUAGUUUUUCCGGAACAGAAAGAAAGUGACUGUAAAGAAAGAAAGAAAAUAAGGAUUACAAAUGUAUUUCUUUCUGAGACCUGGUGUAUAGAAUAUUCAAAUUACUGUUUGUGCCCUUUGAACAAUUUAGUGUACUUGACUAAUUCUUUUUUGUUUUAUAUUAUCUACCUUUUAAUUUCUUUUUCUUCUUCUUUUUCCAUUUUUGUAUUUUUCCUUUUGAUUUUUGAAUAUUUGGAUGUAAUGUUUAAUUUAUGCUUUCUUUGUAAUUUUUAAAAUGCAAUAAAGAUUUAAAAAGAAAAAAGAAACGCAAGCACCAAUGAUUGCUUUGCAGGUCACGAGGGCAGGAUAGGCAUGGCAUCCAUACGCCUAACAGACGGCUGUGAAUUUGAUGGGGGACAACUCUACAAACACGUCGUAGACUACCUGCCUGCUUAUGCAAGGCCUUGUUUUGUGAGGCUCCAGGUAAGUCUGCCUUACUAAGGACCAUUUUCACCAUGGAACAGGUUCUAGUAUUAGUGGAAGUUACAAUACGGUAGGAAUCUGCGCAUCUAUGAUUCUACCGCUCCUGUAAGAAGACUGAUUACAGCAUUCAGGCUUUUUUUUUUUUAGAGAAAAGGCAAGCAAGAGUCAACAGGAUGUUGUUGUUGUUGUUUAGUCAUUUAGUCGUGUCCGACUCUUCGUGACCCCAUGGACCAGAGCACGCCAGGCACUCCUGUCUUUCACGCAGUUUCUUUCUCCCGCAGUUUGGUCAAACUCAUGCUGGUAGCUUCAAGAACAGUAUCCAGCCAUCUUGUCCUUUGUCGUCCCCUUCUCCUUGUGCCCUCAAUCUUUCCCAGCAUCAGGGUCUUUUCCAGGGAGUCUUCUCUUCUCAUGAGGUGGCCACAGUAUUGGUGCCUCAGCUUCACAAUCUGUCCUUCCAGUGAGCACUCAGGGCUGAUUUCCUUAAGAAUGGAUAGGUUUGAUCUUCUUGCAGUCCAUGGGACUCUCAAGAGUCUCCUCCAGCACCAUAAUUCAAAAGCAUCAAUUCUUCGGUGAUCAGCCUUCUUGAUGGUCCAGCUCUCACUUCCAUACAUCACUACUGGGAAAACCAUAGCUUUAACUAUACGGACCUUUGUUGGCAAGGUAAUGUCUCUGCUUUUUAAGAUGCUGUCUAGGUUUGUCAUUGCUUUCCUCCCAAGAAGCAGGCAUCUUUAGAAAGGUAUAAAAUGAUGCAUAAAAUGGAGAAAAAGGACAGAGAAAUGUUUUUCUCCCUAUGCAUCAUGACACUAGAAUUCUAAACGUUGGAAGAGGACGGACAAAAGAACAUACUUUUUAACACAGUGCGUUUGAAAUUGCUCCCACAAGGGGCAGUGAUGGCCAGCAGCUUGGAUGGCUUUAAAAGAGGAGCUCAGUCAGUAGAGCCUGAGACUCUUGAUCUCGUGGGUUCGAGCCCUAUGUUGGGCAAAAAGAUUCCUGCCUGCCAGGGGGUUGGACUCGAUGACCCUCAUGGUCCCUUCAAAUUCUACAAUUCUAUGGUUCUAAAUUCAUGAAGAAUAAUGUUAUCAGUAGCAACUAGCCCUGAUGGAUGUGUUCUAUGUCCACAGUCAGAGGCUGUAUGACUCUGAAUCCUGGACGCCACAGGAGGAGAGGGUGCUUUUUCUUUGGGCAUAGUUGAUUAAGGAUACUUAAUCCAGAGGGGUGCAUACUCUAGUUAUCUCCCGCUUGGACUACUGUAAUGUGCUCUAAGUGGGGCUACCUUUUAAGGUGACCCGGAAACUGCAAUUAACCCAGAAUGUGGCAGCUAGACUGGUGACUGGGAGUGGCCGCCAGGACCACAUAACACCGGUCCUGAGAGAUCUGCAUUGGCUCCCAGUACGUUUCCGAGCACAAUUCAAAGUGUUGGUGCUGACCUUUAAAGCCCUAAACGGCCUCGGUCCUGUAUACCUGAAGGAGCGUCUCCACCCCCAUUGUUCUGCCCGGACACUGAGGUCCUGCGCCGAGGGCCUUCUGGCGGUUCCCUCAUUGCGAGAAGUGAGGUUACAGGGAACCAGACAGAGGGCCUUCUCAGUAGUGGCGCCCGCCCUGUGGAACGCCCUCCCUUCAGAUGUGAAGGAAAUAAGCAGCUAUCUUCUUUUUAAAAGACAUCUGAAGGCAGCCCUGUUUAGGGAAGUUUUUAAUAUUUAAUGCUGUAUUGUUUUUAACACUUGAUUGGAAGCCGCCCAAAGUGGCUGGGGAAACUCAGCCAGAUGGGCAGGGUAUAAAUAAUAAAUUAUUAUUAUUAUUAUUAUUAUUAUUAUUAUUGGGAAUUGUAGCUCUGUGAGGGGGAAACUACAAUUCCCAGGAUUCUCUGUGGGAAGCAAUGUGCUUUAAAUAUGUGUGGGGUGUGCUUUGAAUGUACAGUGCGAUUCCGUCCUUAGUGUCAGAAUCCUAGGUGUGUAACUUGAAACCCAACAGAGAUGGACUCGACUUUAACCUACACCUUGGAGCUGAGCCUAAAAGCUGACUUCAUAGCUACACCAGCCAGACUAAUGUUUAUACUUCCUUUUUUUAUUUUUUGGCAAACUUUGUACUUUUCCUUUCCCCCCACUUCCUCAUAUUUUGUGUAACAUCUUGCCUGAGAAAGAGUUCUUGAGAGCUCAGACACUUGUCAUUAUUUUUGGCAUUUUUGUUGAUUCCAGUAAAUAUAUCGCCCAACUGAUAAUAUUAAGGCUACAAUCCUGUUUACCUGAGAGUAAGCUCCUCUGAAUACUGUGCCUUACACUUGCAUAAACAUGCAUAGGAUUGCACUGUAAUUUUGCCUUUUCCCUUGUUGUUGCAGGAUGCCAUUGAGGUCACCGGAACAUUCAAGCACCGGAAGGUGCAGUUAGCCCAAGAAGGAUUUGACCCAGCAGCUAUCAAAGACACCCUGUAUUUCUUGAAUGACAAAGAAAAGACAUACGUACCCCUAACGGAAGACAUUUAUAAUUCAAUAUGUAGCAACCAACUGAAACUAUAAUGCACCCAAAGCUCCUGGCUGGUGGUGUUUGUAAGAGAAGCAAGAAUCGGUUUUUAUAUAAUGUUAGAAAGUUACCAAAAUUGAUUUGAAAGUGAUUAUGUGUUUGUAUCUAGAAUCUAGUGGGUGGUUCCCUAGACCAGAGGGCUGGGAGGUCUCCUGCUCUUGAUGGGGUUACACUUCCCCUGAAGGAGCUGGUUCGCAGCUUGGGGGUGUUCCUGGAUCAUUUGUUGUCGCUCGAGGCCCAGGUGGCCUCAGUUGCCCAGAGUGCCUUCCCUCAGCUUCAGCCGGUAACCCAGCUACGCCCCUAUCUGGACAGGGAUAGCUUAACUUCUGUUGUCUAUGCUCUGGUAACUUCAAGGCUAGAUUACUGCAAUGCGUUAUACGUAAGGCUGCCUCUGAAGACGCUUCGGAAACUUCAGCUAGUGCAGAAUUCAGCAGGGAGGUUGCUCACCGGGGCAAGACGGUUUGUGCAUAUUAUACUGAUCCUGGUCCGACUGCACUGGCUACCAAUUAGUUUCUGGGCCCAAUUCAAAGUGCUGGUUUUGACCUAUAAAGCCUUAAACAGCUCAGGACCGCAAUACCUCAAGGACUGCCUCUUUUUAUAUGAACCUACCCGUACCGUGAGAUCACCUUCUGAGGCCCUCCUUGAGAGGUGCAAAGGGUGGCAACACGAGAACAGGGCCUUCUCUGCAGUGGCUCCCUAUCUGUGGAAUGCUCUCCCCAGUGAAGUUUGCCUGGCACUUUCAUUUUAUACCUUUAGGCACCAGGCAAAAACGUUCCUUUUAAGCCAGGCCUUUGGUUGACCUGAUUGACAUCCUAUACCCCUUUAAAAUAUAGCUUGGGGGGGCAUGUUAUUGGGUUAUUCUUAUUUUGAUUUUAUAUAUUGUGAUCUUUUCUGUGAACCACCCUGAGAUCUGUGAGUAUAGGGCGGUAUAUUAAUUCAAAUAAAUAAAUAGAAUUUUAAAUGCC